AUGUGUAUCAAGAAGCUCGAGAUUGUCUCGGUCGCUGCCCGCAAUUAUUCCGACGCACGGGCUUGGCAACCUGUCCCGAAGUGGCGUUUCAAACGAGCAGAGCGAAUGAAAUGGCAGAAUAGCGUUGCGCCAACAAAACCCCGGCUUCUAGAGAGGGGAACCGUGCAGUGGGCGCAUGAUUUAGCCUCAGGUUUCCAACGUUCAAUGGGGGAGUUGAAAGAUGUUAAGAUAGAAUGA